AUGUUUUCAUCCAAACUUUUGUUGGCUCUACUGGGUUGCCUAGCCAUCUACGGUUGGUUUUUCUUUUUUGAAUUGAGAUAUUUUUGUUUUAAGCUGAAAAUGACUUCAAGAAAAAAACUUUCCUCUUCAGAUUUUUGGCAAAUUUUAAGUUUUUGUCAUAGAGCGCAAUUAUUUUUUAUAGGAGUAAAUGUUUCAUUUCAAAGCGCUCUAUAUAUUUUUGAAUCAAAACUUUGGUCAUAAGGAAAAGUCAUAUCGAGCUUAAAUCUAAGCAGAAUUUCGUAUCUUUUUGAGUUUUAUCUGUUUCAAAAAAAGUCGAUUUUGAUUAUUGUUUUUAAUUUGACAAAGAAGAAGACAAAGAUUGUUUUUGCAACGUUUUUUUGGGACAGUUUUUUUAUGUUAAAAAAAUUUCAAUUUUCCGUCUUUUUGAAGUGAAAACUUCAAACUUACUUUUCGAGAAUAGUUGUGUCGCUAAUUUCUUAGGCUGAUGACCAAUUUUCACAAAAAGCUUCAAAAAUACCAUUUUUCAUGAUUUUUUAAAUUCAGCCCACGCCGAAGACGCGGUCGACGGUGAGAUCCUCGAGGAAACCGUCACGAAAACUGACGACGAUGAUUUGACUAUUGGACCUUCUCCCGACGCUUCCCUUUCUUUCCUUUUCGUCAGCCCUCCCGAUGCCAAUGCCAUCAAUGGUUAGGUUUUGCGAUUUUUGAAACUUUCAGGAGGUUUUGAAGGUUAGAAAUUCUAUAAAUUUCAUUAUAAUGCUGUAUUUUUUUCAGAACAAUGUGAAAUUUGAGGUCAAGAGAAAUAUUUAAAUAUCAUGAAGAAAUUAGAAAAAAAUUCCUUUUUGUAGUUUUUUGAAAUUUGUAAGAUGCGAAAAAUUUCGAGUAACAAAGGAAAACUACUGAAAAAAAUCAACUUUUAGAAUUUAUCCUGGUCUUCAAGAAAUAUCCGAAUUUCUUAUAAGGCCUGAUUUUUUUAAGUAAGAUUUUUUUGAAUAAUAAAAAUGAAAGUUCAGUAUUUUUUUAUUAUCAUGUUUAAUUUUAGUUUAUUCUGCCGUUUUUUUAGCUGAUUUCAAGUAUUUUUGAAUGAAAUUUCUUUCCAAUGAAUGCCAAUUGCACGUUGUAACUUUUUAAAAAUCAUAAUUUUGAUUUUUUUGAAAGUAAAAAAAUAAGAAAAAAAGAGUAUUUUCAUCAUUUUAUAGUCGAUUUUGAUUUUCUAUGAGUUGGUCGCUCGUAGAAUGGCUUUGAGCUUGUGAUUUUGUGUAUAAUGAGCUGCAUCCGACCAGAAGCGACUUUCGCGCGUUGCUAUUAAAAACUGUAUUCGGCGGCUUUUAAGGAUAAUUUUGAGUCUUACUUGAAUUAAAAUGCGACCAGAAAGCUCAAAAUCAUGUCGAAGAAGUCUAGAAGUACUUAGUGAGAAAAAAAAAACAGUCAUUUUCAUGAUUCCCCAGAAAAGAGAAAAAGCUGCAUCCGACCAGAAACGACUUUCGCGCGCUAAUAUUCAAAAACGCAAGUCGGCGGAUUUUGGGAAUAAUUUUGAGAGUUUUACUUGAAUCAUAAUGCGUUUAGCCAUUCCAAAUGCGACCAGAAAGCUCAAAGUCAUGUCGAGGAAGUGUAGAAGCACCCAGUGAGAAAAAACAGCCAGUUUCAUGAUUUCUAAACAUUUUUUUAAUGCUUCAGAGGUGCACAGCGGCAAGCCGGUCAAGUUCCUGAUCGGCUUCCAAAAUCGCGGCGAGAAGGAUUUCACCGUCAAAUUCUCGGAAACCUCGCUCCGUUACCCGAUGGACUUCAACUACCACGUUCAGAAUGUUGGUUCCCUGAAAAAUCAUCAAAAAAUAAUUUGGACUUUCAGUUCACCCGAGGAGAGUACAACCGCCGCGUUUCCCCCAAGGAGGAGGUCACUUUGGACUACGGCUUCUUCGCCCACGAAUCUUUCGCCGGACGAUCCCUCGGCCUCGUUGUCAACCUCCAUUAUGAGGAUGCUGUCAGUAGUGUUUCCAGAUUUUCAGAGGGAGAAAUGGGAAUUUUGGGCGGAAAAUUUGAGAUUUUUAGGCUGAUUUUGAGAGGAUUUUGGUGGGAAAAAUGGAUAUUUUUUCAAGGUCCACGAAUUUUUGGCUGUUUUUUUCGGCUUGGUCGUCAACCUCCAUUAUGAGGACGCUGUCAGUAGUGUUUCCAGAUUUUCAGAGGGAAAAUAGGCAUUUUGGACGGGAAAUUUUAGAUUUUUAGGCUGAUUUUGAGAGGAUUUUGGUGGAAAAUGGGAUAUUUUUGACAGCUGAAAAAACUUGUUUUGAGUUUUUUCGUGAGAUUUAGGAAGGAUAUUGGUGGAGAAAUGGUUAUUUUAAAGGAUUUUGAAGUUUUAGUCGUUAUUUUGACAACCUUUAUUAUCAUAACGCUGUCAGUAAUAUUGGAUUUUUUUAAAAAAAGGCGAAAAAUAGGCAUUUUAUACGGUAAAUUCGAAAAGUUGAGUUGAUUUUGAAAGCAUUUUGAGGGAAGAUAUAUAUUUUUGCUCGUUAAAGAAAUAUUCUCGGGGCUUUUUUUUUGUGAAAAGCGGGCUCACAACUCAAGAACUGAGAUGACAAAAGAAAAAAAAUCACAUUUUUCAAAAUGAGCACUUCCCGCAACAGUUAUGCUUGUACUGAGAAAAUUUUGCGCACUUUCAACUUUUUUUCAAACGAAAGCUUCUUUCCAGGACGGCAAGUACUACGUGAACAACGUCUACAACCAGACGAUCAACAUCCUCGAAGACGACUCGGCCUUCAACCACGAGACGGGCUUCCUCCUCAUUGUCCUCCUCGGAAUCGCCGUCCUCAUCUUGUACUUUGCCAACCAGUUCCUCUCCAAGGUCAGCUUGGAGCCGGAAAAUCAAAGAAAUCAUGAAAAAUGGGUUAGACAGUGUUGAAAUGGAGCAUUUUGAUGAGGUUUUUAACCUUGAAGAAGGAAAAAAACGAAAAAAUCAUGGAUUUUUGAGAAAAGUGUUCAAAAAUUUUGAGAUUUUGAGCUUUGAAAACAAGGAUUCUAAGAGAAAAGGACGAAAAAUGCCUGAAUUUUAGAAAAAAUAGAGUUUUGAAAAGAAUAAUUUGAAGAUUCGAGCUCAAAUUUUAGAGAUUUACAGUGAUUUUCAGCUUGGAAAGGUAAAAAAGAAAAAAAUUCUUGAUUUUUUUAGGGAAAAAUUUGGAAAUUCUCUAGUUUAGAUCCCAAAAUCAACAACUUUAAUAAGAUUUUUCAGCUUGAGGAAGUAGAAAAACGGAAAAAAACCCCUGAAUUUUCGAAAAUUAGUUAAGAAAUUGUCAAAUUUGGACCUUCAAAUCAAGAAUUUUAGUGGAUUUGCUCACUUAUGAACGGAUAAAAAGGCCAAAAAGUUUCAAAAUUCGCUUUUUUUUUUUGGUAAUUUGAAGCUUUUAGAUUAUUCUAUAUGCUUUUUACUCCUCUGAAAAUAGUUUGAAAGCAAAGAGAAAUCUAAAAAUUUUCAAGUUUUUGACUUUCCUUACGAUUUUUCGACGGCAAAACACUUUUCGCCGUGGAGGGGAUUCGAAACUGGGACCUUUUUCGUGUCAAAAAUUUGACGAUAGACAUUGAGUCAUUCUCGGAUUUUUUAUUUGAUUAGGAUACGGAUGAAGCCGAACUAUAUGUUUAAAAUUCUGAAAAGCCUUUCUGAAAUUCUUGAAGCAGAGAAGUCAGUUUGAGUAAAAUUAUCUCAAAAUUUCGAUUUCUGCGGUGUUUCCGUUCAAUUUUGAAGCGGGUUUUCUUGAAUUUGAGCCUUUUUCUCGGUUUGAUUUGCUCUAAAAACCUGGGAGAAUGAAGUUUAAGGUCAAAGAUUCAGGUCAUCACAGAAAAAAGAGAGCUUCUCAAAUUAAUUUCCAAACUUUCCCAGCUUUCCCGCAAAUCUGGCCUCCAGAAGCGACCAACCCAGGAGCAGGGCACCAGCAGCGCCGAAGUCGACUACGAAUGGAUCCCGCGGGACGCCCUCAAGGAGAAGAAAUCUCCCGGAUCUCCCCGAGCCCGCAAAGUCAAGAAGGCCGAAUAA